AUGGUCUCUGUUCUUGGGGGCGCUGGUAACGUGGUCAACAUUGUGACGUUUGUGGCGAUGGGUGUGGGAGAGUCCAUGGCUGUCUUCUUUCUAGUGUUGGCAGUCUUUGAUUUAUCCUACCUGUUGGCGAUGUUCUUCGUGGCCGUCUGCUACAUGUUUUCUUGGCUGGAGAAGAGCUCCCAGUACCGUCUUUGGUUUCCUGUCGACGCCGAUGGUGUAGCGGCUUUCUGUGCUCAUGUCGGCACCAUCUUGUACACGAUGACCAUCUUGGCCACAACCUACAUGGGGGUAGUCCGGUGUUUGGGUGUGGUCAAGCCCAUGCAUUUCAGGAACGGUCUAACAAGAAAUCUAACGCUUUCUGUCUUUUUUGUGUUUUUUCUAUUCGCGUUGUUGAGCUACAUCCCAAUGUUGCCCUUUAUCGUCAUGUGGGUCUCUCCACUAAGAGAGAAGGUCAAGGAUAUAAUCUGGCUUGUAAGAGACGCCAUUUUACCUUUUGCUGCCCAGGUCAUUGUCUUCACCUGUGCACUUGUUAUGAGCGUGUAUCUUAAAGCUGCGGCCAACUUCCGGUCAGCUAAUACAACAGCUGUGUCACAUGAUCAAUCCCAAAAUUCUUCUCAAAACAACACGGAAGACAUAAAGUGGAAAGAAAACAAGAGAUUACUGAAACGUUCACCAAACCUGAGCCGUAAAGACGUCCAUGUCAUCCAACAGCUGGUGCUGGUGUGUCUGGUGUUUGUGGUGUUCAACACCCCGCGUGUUGUGUUCAGUCUGGCCUCACUGGCAGAAGACGAAUUAUCCCUGGGGGGCGUGUACCAGUACAUCUACAUCACGGCAUCCAGCGUCAUGUUCGUCUCACAGGCCCUUAACUCCAGUCUCAACAUCUUCAUCUACUACCACUACAGCUCCAGCUACAGACGGCACUUGCUGGCCAUAACAUCUUCAUCUACUACCACUACAGCUACAGCUACAGACGGCACUUGCUGGCCAUAA